AUGGCAGAAGAACAAAACAUAAGAAGAAAAUAUAAAAAUCACAAAAUAGAGGUGGCUGUGUUCUGUAUCGCUGGAGUAAUAUUUAUAAGUCUUAUAUUGAUAUACCUAGACAGAACUAUAAAUAGUCAUACACAUGUUCCCAUUCCUGACCCGAAAAACUCCUACUCUAUCUCAAAUAUUAAUAAUAAAGAAGAAGGCCAGAAUAAACUAGGCUGUAUAGACGAGCCAGAUAAAGAUUCCGGUGCAGAAUCUUCAGAAAAACUGGACAAAAACAGGCAUUCUUUUUCUAGCGCGGAAAGACCUGCUCUAGAACAUGUCCAGGAUGUUCUUACAACUAUUCAGGGUAUGGAAGAGUUGGAGUGUGAAAAGAUGGAUAUCCCAGUUGACAUUAUUUCUAAUAAGGCUAUUGAACCCGAAACUAUAAUAGCGCAAGUUAUAUUCUAUUGUAAAAGAACGUUUUGGAUGAUUCAAAAAGCCAUUAUCGGCUAUUAG